AUGGAGCAAGUCGACACAGCUUCAUUUGACAACUUGGACGAGUUCGUUCCCAAGGAGCCAGUGAGGUGCAUCUCCGAGAAAAGUCUCCCAAUCCACGACCCAGCCCCUUGGACCCUUUUUGUAGUGUUUUUUUGCUUGGUGCAAGGCGUUGCUGUCCCACGCCGUCCAACAAGGCCUGAAAAAAGAGCCGGCUUUCAGCAUGCAGCCAGCCAGCGCCAGGUUGCGGUCCUGAUCGGGUUCAUGACCGCGAUGGACAUCGCCCGACCUGAAAUCGUGAGGACAACAGCGGCCUACCAGACAUUGAAGUCCUGCUCGGCAGCCUUCAGGUCUGGCGACCGGGAUUUCUUUCCCACCAGCCAGCAGUCUGAAAGAAUCCAGGAGUUUUGGAGCCAUUCUUGGCAGGAACGUGCAUGGAAGAAAUCUUUGACCUUGAUGGUGCUCAACAACGGCCUGCCGGCAGUGUUGCUGGGAAGCAUUGGUUCCUGUAUGGGAAUGGUUCUCUUCUUGUAUGGUGCCCUGCCCGGGUAUCCCAGGCAUGCCGCCCGUCACGUGCCCUCGUCGGUUUGGUCACAGUCACUUGGCCUUUGUUGCUCUGCACUUACCUUUCUGUUCUGGCAAUCGGGAAAGCGCGUAUUCCUAGAUCGCGCUUGCAUCAACCAACGCGACAAUGACAUGAAGGUGGAGGCACUCUACAGCCUUGCAGGAAUGCUGGAUAGGUCAGACGCCAUGCUUGUGCUUUGGGAUGCAACCUAUGCAGAGAGGCUGUGGUGUGUCUUUGAAUUGUCCGCAUUUCUGAAAAGCAGAAGGGGGCAAGCAAAGCCGCUGGUGGUUGUCCCAACCUUGCUGGGGCCAGUAUCUGUCGCUUUCUUCUUGACGGUGCUGGCCUCGUUUAUCCCAAUCAUCGCGCUACCUCUGCCAGCAGAUGACUCGAUCGCGGGAAAUGUCGCCGGCUUCCUUGCUCUGGGUGUUGGCGGAGCACUUGCCACAGUUCAUGUGCUCCGGGGCUUUUAUCGUUCCGUGGAGACAAUGCAGAGGCAGCUGCUGUCCCUACAGCUAGAAGAGUUGAAAUGUUGCUGCUGCAGCAUCGGUCACGUAACUGACGAUGGCGAAGCCGUGCUGUGUGACAGACAGGUCAUUUGCGAAUGCAUCGCCCGAUGGUACGGGAGCGACAUCGACUUUGCUAGCCACAUCCGCACAGAGGUGGUGGAGGUGAUCACGGCCACGCUUGAGAAGAAUACCUUCGGCUUUUCUUGGGGCAUUUGCGUGGGGGCUCCGGCCUGCUGGGCGGCAAUGGACCUCAUUCAGCACGAGCUCAUGUGGAAGCAGGUGGCGGGCUCGCGGAUCAUUCUUUGGCUGGAGCUGGCAGUUUGCUCGCUGCUGUGGCUGGGCCCCUUUCUGUCCUGGUGCAAGUAUUUGGCCUUCCGCUUUCGGCAGAAGUGCAGCUCAUUUCUCCGCGAGAUCCUGACAAACUUGGCUGUGAUCCUCUUGGCCCUGCCAUUGGUUCUCUUUAUUGCAGGCACCUUCAUCUUUUGCUGGCUUUAUGUCAGAGUGCUUUAUGGCGAGUGGCCGAUGGUCGCCGCGUUUGCCCUGAUUUUCUUCCCCGGCUGGGCCGUCAUGCUCUUCUUUGACCGGCGAGCGCGUGGCUUCCUGGGGCGAUGGCUGCAGCGCCACAGGGAGACAGGCGCCCCCAGCUGUAGCUUGUGCUCCCCGGGCUCCUACAACCAGCAGAGCAGAAGCACGGACUGCACUGGCUGUGCUGAGGGCUAUUAUGCGCCAACCUCUGGUGCCACGACGUGUCUGGCCUGUGAUAGUGGGACCUUCAGUGUGGGCCAAGGCGCCUCUAGCUGCCGUGCCUGCGAGAAGGGCUACUACAUCCCCUCGACGGCUCAGACCAGCUGUUUGCCCUGCGACCCAGGCUACCACGGGCCAACGCAAGGCCUAAGCUCCUGCAUAAUCUGCUCUGCUGGGUCUUUCUCCCUGGCUGCCGCGGAGUCUUGCACGUCUUGCCCGCCCGGGAGUUUCAACCCGUAUGCUGGGCAGAGUGCGUGUGAGCCUUGUCCUGGAGGAUUCUAUGGCAUCGCUAGUAGUGGCGCCACCAGCUUCGAGUCCUGCAGCGCCUGCCCGCUGGGCACAGCCUCGCCUGCGCCGGGCGCCGUGGGGGCAGCCAGCUGCGUGGACUGCCCGGCGGGUAGGUUCACCGGCAACUUCUCCACAGAAGUGUGCUUCGAGUGUCCUGAAGGCCGGUAUAGCACCGUGGUGGGCGCCACCACGGAGGCCGAGUGUGUCCUCUGCCCUCUGGGCACCUUCAGCAACUCCUCGGGCGGGUCCUCCUUGGGCGACUGCGAGGCGUGCGCGCCGGGCAGCUUCAACUCCGCGUUAGGAGCCUCAGAGUGCGAGCUCUGCGAGGCGGGCCGCUUCAGCAACGCCACCGGGGCAGUCGCCAGCGCCACCUGCGAGGCCUGUUCCCCCGGCAGGUUCUCCGAUGAGCCGGGCGCCUCCGGGGAUGCGCAGUGCCUCAGCUGUCCGAAAACUCCGCCGUCACUGCCUGCACGCUUUGCCUUCCAGGCGCAAGAGAAGCCAGAGGGAUGUGACAGCCAAUGUCGACGCCCGGACGAAUAA